GUCAGUCACAACUUCAGAUUUCCUGGGUUUUACAUUGACAAAAAGCCCUUGCAGUAAUAACCACAUAACAGAAACUAAAGCUAAAUGUACAGCAACUUAAUCAUCAAUUUACUGGUCUCCAGCAAUAGGCAUGAAGAGAUUUAACCUAAAUUUUGGUUAGAAGCCUUCUACUUAAAUGACACUGAUUUGAUCCAAAAUACCAAAAGGCCAAACAUGGGAUUCUCUCCUGCUCGAAUCAUCUUUUGCUCACUUUUCUGUUCAUUACUUCUUUCACCAAUUUUCCUUAUAAAACCUUCUUUUUCUGAUCCAAGAGCGUCUGAAGCAGGCUUAAUAUGUUCCAAAAACAAAGCUCCAUCGAUUCAGCGACAAACUUUUGUAUCCAACUUCAUUGUAGCACUUGAUUCUCUAAUUCCUCAUAUUGCAUCUAGGGGUUAUGGAUCCACUAUCACAGGCAAGGGUAAUCUCUCAGUCUAUGCCUUUGCUGAGUGUAUGAAGGAUGUAAUGAGAUCUGAUUGUAGCAUCUGCUUCGCUCAAAUAAAGACCCGAAUCCACAAAUGCCUUCCUUAUGAAAGAUUGACACGUGGUGGGCGGGUUUUCUUUGAUGGAUGCUACUUGAGGUAUGAUGAUCAUGAUUUUAAGGAAGAGACUUUUAGCAAAGAGGACAAAGCAGUUUGUGGGUCUAAGAGAUUCAGUGGAAAUCAGACCAUUUUUAAGGAGAAUGUGAUUGAUUUGGUAAAGAAUAUAAGUUCUCAAGGGGUAAAAAAUGGUGGGUUCUACUUUGGUUCAUUGAGGAGAAAUAACGUGACAGUUAAUGGAUUGGUUCAGUGUUGGGAGUUCGUAAAUUAUAGUGCUUGUAAGAUUUGUUUGACCAAUGCUAUUUCCAAAAUAAAUUUGUGCCCUCCAGCAAUUGAAGGCAGGGCAUUGAAUUCUGGUUGUUACUUGAGGUAUUCAACUUACAAGUUCUACAACAAUUCCGGCCACCCUCCAACGAUAAGCCAUGGAGCUAGCAGCUUAGCAAUAGUCCUUGCUGUAACCCUAUCAGCUCUGGCUUCUGCAUUUCUUCUUGCAGCUUUUUUCACUGUAGGAAGAGAUAGACUUAUUAUAAAGAAACGAGAAGAGAAGAAAUUGAAGAAACUAGGCAACCUGAACAUUUCCAAACUCAAUUAUUCCUAUGAAACUCUUGAAGAAGCGACAAAUUACUUUCAUGAUUCCAACAAAUUAGGUCAAGGAGGUUCCGGUUCGGUUUAUAAAGGGACAUUGCCUGAUGGAACAAUUGUUGCAGUCAAGAGGCUCUUCUUCAAUACAAGGCAAUGGGCAGACCAUUUCUUCAAUGAAGUCGAUUUAAUAAGCAGCAUUCAGCACAAAAACCUUGUGAAGCUUUUGGGUUGUAGUGUUACAGGCCCUGAAAGCCUUCUUGUCUACGAACUUUUACCCAAUCAUAGCCUUGACUGUCACCUCUUUGGGAAAAAGGGUCUUCGGCCACUAAGCUGGGAUAAUAGGUACAGAAUCAUACUGGGAAUAGCUGAGGGAUUAGCUUAUCUACAUGAAGAAGCGAAACCACGGAUCAUCCACAGGGACAUAAAAUUGAGCAACAUUAUGCUAGACCAUGACAUGAAACCUAAGAUUGCUGAUUUUGGGCUUGUGCGCUUGUUUCCAGAAGAUAUAACACAUCUUAGCACUGCUAUAGCAGGGACAUUAGGCUACAUGGCACCUGAGUACUUUGUCCACGGAAUAUUGACAGAGAAGGCUGAUGUUUACAGUUUUGGUGUUGUCGUAAUAGAAGUAAUCACUGGAAGAAAGAACAACACUAUAUCAUUUUCACAAGAUUACAUGUGUAUGCCACAUAUGAUAUGGAGGUUAAAUGCAAAGGGAAGACUAGAUCAAGCAAUUGACACCGCAUUGGAGGGAAAUUUUCCCAGCACUGAGGCACCUCGGGUACUUCAGAUAGGGCUGCUCUGUGUUCAAGCCAAUGCAAAAGCUCGACCAUCAAUGUCUCUUGUGGUGAAUAUGCUAAAUGAUAAAGAUUAUAAAAUUCCAGAACCAACACAACCCCCAUUUCUUAAUUCUAGCAGUGCAGGAAUUACCAGGGAUAUACAGGAGAGUACCCAAUCUGCUGCAGCUGUUCAGUCUGAUGCAUCAGGAGAUAGCACUACGAUAGCCCUAAUGGAUUCAUGAAUUAUGGAUUCGAUCAGCCUCAUGUAUAUCUGACAAAUUUCUAACUUGAAACUCAAUCAUCUGGAUAGCGUCAAACAGGAAUAUGGAUCAACUCUUACAUGUAAAAGAUGGUUUUCUACAAUCUUAAGCAUCUACAUUAAA